GAGGCAUUUGGGCCCAAGCGUGGAUUGAAUUUGUUUGCUCCCUACUUUGAAAGUCUCACUGCAGCCGUUCGGUCUAGGAGACUUGGAACGCGAGACCGGCGCUGUUUUCCGGUUCUGCCUGUAGUCUUUGAGGAAGCGAGGAAAAAAAGGACGGGCGUGCGCUUGGUGCCGCCCCGACCGCGCCUGUGAUCUUGGGCUCGCGCCGGGAGCUGCUGCGCAGGGCCGUUCGUUUGUCACUUUUAAGAAGUGGGAACUGAUGCAUUGAAGGCCCCUACAGAUCUGAAAGAUGUCUCGUUUGUAGACUCGUGUGCUCACGUUUUGCGGAGAAGGACUUAAGUAUUAGCAAGCAGAAUUUUAAGGGAUUUCUGUACAUUUCCAAAACUAAUAUUUCCUUACAUCAGCAGCGACAGAUUCGUGGUUGUAUCUCGCCGUCCUGGGCUUCAAUAUGUACUUCUCUUCUUGGCUAAGUCAGCUGUACAGGGGUUUCUCCAGACCCAUCGGAAGGACCACCCAGCCCAUCUGGGUUCCCCUCUCCAGAAAUCUGAUGCUGGGUUCACAGAGGAAAAUGCCAGAAUUCAGUAGUUUUGUUGCCCGGACCAACACAUGUGGAGAGUUGCGGCCUUCUCACUUAGGCCAAGAAGUCACCUUGUGUGGAUGGAUUCAAUACCGAAGGCAGAACAUCUUUCUAGUUCUGAGAGACUGCCAUGGACUUGUUCAGGUUGUCAUUCCUCAGGAUGAGUCAGCUGCCUCUGUGAAAAAGGUUUUAUGUGAAGCCCCGCUGGAAUCUGUGGUGCGAAUUUCUGGGACAGUCAUUUCCCGUCCUCCAGGACAAGAAAAUCCAAAAAUGCCAACGGGAGCAAUAGAAAUCAAAGUUAAAACAGCCGAGCUUCUGAAUUCCUGCAGGAAGCUGCCCUUUGAAAUUAAAGACUUUGUGAAGAAAACAGAGGCUCUUCGUUUACAGUAUCGGUACUUGGACCUGCGGAGCGCCCAGAUGCAGCACAACCUGCGACUCAGGUCCCAGAUGGUCAUGAGGAUGCGGGAGUAUCUUUGCAAUCUGCAUGGAUUUGUGGAUGUAGAAACCCCAACAUUAUUUAAGAGGACCCCAGGGGGUGCCAAAGAGUUUCUAGUACCAUCCAGGGAACCCGGAAAGUUUUAUUCUCUCCCUCAGAGUCCUCAACAGUUUAAACAGCUUCUGAUGAUUGGCGGCUUAGACAGAUACUUUCAGGUUGCCCGGUGUUAUCGAGAUGAAGGUUCAAGACCUGAUAGGCAGCCUGAGUUUACGCAGAUUGACAUAGAGAUGUCUUUUGUAGACCAGACUGGAAUCCAGAGUUUAACUGAGGGUUUGCUCCAGUAUGCCUGGCCUGGAGACAGAGAUCCUGUGGUGACUCCUUUCCCAUCCAUGCCUUUUGCUGAGGCGCUGGCCACCUAUGGAACCGAUAAACCUGACACUCGUUUCGGGAUGAAGAUUACAGAUAUCAGUGAUGUGUUCAGAAACACAAAGAGUGAAUUUCUCCAGGACUCACUCAGUAAGCCCCAAGGAACCGUCAAAGCCAUCUGUGUCCGUGAAGGAGCAAAGUACUUGAAAAGGAAAGAUAUUAAGUCCAUUAGAAAAUGUGCAACUGACCAUUUUAAUCAGGAAGUCUUGCCAGUGUUCCUGAAAGCCAACAGUAACUGGAAUGCACCAGUUGCCAAGUUCAUAGAGGAGGAGCAUGGAUUGGAAUUAACCCGAAUGAUGGAGCUGCAGGAGGACGAUGUGCUCUUACUGACUGCAGGCGAGCACGCGAAAGCCUGCUCUUUGUUGGGAAAAUUGCGGCUGGAAUGUGCUGAUCUUCUGGAAGGGCGAGGAGUGGUGCUUCGUGACCCCACCCAGUUCUCCUUCCUUUGGGUAGUGGAUUUCCCACUCUUCUUUCCCAAGGAGGACAACCCCAAAGAGCUGGAAUCAGCCCACCACCCAUUCACUGCUCCUCACCCCAGUGAUGGUCACCUCAUUUACACUGAGCCUGAAAAGGUUCGUAGCCAACACUAUGACUUGGUUUUAAAUGGCCAUGAGAUAGGAGGUGGCUCUAUUCGAAUCCAUGAUGCAGAGCUACAGCGUUACAUCCUGUCCACAGUACUAAAGGAAGAUGUGACAUUGCUCUCCCAUCUGCUCCAGGCUUUAGAUUAUGGGGCGCCCCCUCAUGGAGGAAUUGCCUUAGGGUUAGACAGACUGAUGUGCCUUGUCACUGGAGCUCCAAGUAUCAGAGAUGUCAUCGCCUUCCCCAAGUCCUUCCGCGGACGUGAUCUCAUGAGCAGUGCCCCCGAUUCCGUCCCUCCUGAGGAGCUGAAGCCCUAUCAUAUCCAGGUCUCCUGGCCAACAGACUCAGAAGCAGAAAAGGGUUCUUUGAACCAUUCACUCCAUCCAGAAAGUUGAGCUUUCGAGUUUCGCCCUCUUUGCCUUGCCAGUGCUAAAAUCAGAUCCAGAUCUACCACCAUUGUGAUGGCAACUUAGUGAUAUCUCAAAAAACACAGUCUUUAGGUGGAAGUAAACCAGGCAAUAUUUUUCACACUUUACAGAAGGUACCUGAUUUUGAUUUGAUAAGGUACUAUUAGGGCUUUUAUUAAUUACUGGUUGAGUUUUUUUGAAGUUCUUUUUUACUUGGAGAUUGUAAAAGAUAGCCCUUUACUGGAGUAAUAUAGUGGUUUAAUGUUUUCUAAUCAUGUUUUUCAUACCCAAGAAUUAUUCACAUAAGCCAGAGAUAAUCAAAUCAUGGACGAUAAUGCUUCUGUAGAGAGUUGAUGGAGGGAGGGUUGCGGUUCAUCUAGCCUCAAGACUGAUAAAGCUUUAUGGUGAUAUUUCACCUGUCAACACAAUGUAGUACAAAUAGCAAUGCAGAAAAUGUCACUGAAAUAAGUAACAAAAUCUUACUCCUUGUGUUUCACUUUAAGAAAAGCACAUAAACCUCACUGAGCCUUCCUUCCUCCUUACAUAAAGUGUAAACAGUACCUUCUCUGGCUUGCUCUUAGGGCUCUUGCCAGCCAGAAUCAGAAGAGAUACUUAAAAAAUGUGAAUGCAGUACUUUGAAAAACUGGACCAGAUUUAGGGAUGUUAGCUCAGUUUUAGAUCAAUUGCCUGCCAUGAAAAGCCCUGGGUUCCAUCCCCAGCCACACACAC